AUGGAAAUCCUCGAGCAAGCGGAAGUCUUCACUGAGAAGGGCAGUGACUAUGAAUUUGACUACACGAGCAUCAUUGUCAAGCAACACGGUAAAGUUUUCUACGCUCAAAGCCCUUACCGACUUCAGCCCCAUUCUGAAAUCAACCUCGACGAAGCGAAUUUGUUGGAAAUACCAGUCAACAAGAUUUGGCCCAGCUGGGAUCCAAAAUUAACCCAAGCACCUUCCAAGCUGCCUCCGAAUACCUACGUCAAGAAGCCAAGUCUCCUGGAUUUCAACCCAGCCACGUCCACACAACUUGGCAAUCAGCUUCUAAUCGAGGCGGAAGUGUGCCAGAUUCUCAUGGCACAUCCGCACCCGAACAUCAAACUGAGAAUGGGUGAAGUUGUCGAUAUUGACCGUUGUAUGAAGGGGAUCGAAAGUGGAGUUCGCCAUUUGCACACUCUUGGUUUUAUUCAUAAUGAUUUGAGUCCACAUAACAUUAUGAUGGACGGUGAUGAUCCUAUCAUUAUUGAUUUCGACUCUUCUAGGCGACCAGGCGAGGAGCUUGCAUAUCAAAGGUUCGUGAAUUUAUGGAAUAUGGCACCCGAGGAGGCGCAGGCUCCGGCCAUCUUCGUCGGACGCAUUGGGUCAGGUGAUGCAGUCAUGAAGUCUGGUACCCACCGCGAUGCGCUCGCUAAACAGCAUCAGCUAAUUGUAUUUGAGAUGGAAGCUGCCGGCGCGUGGGAAGAGGUCCCGUGCAUCGUUAUUAAGGGGAUCUGUGACUACGCUGACAGCCACAAGAACAAGCGCUGGCAGGAUUUCGCUGCCAUCACGGCAGCAGCAGUUACGAGGGCCGUCCUGGACCGGUACGCCCCAUUAGAUAGUGGUGUAUUUGUUGAGACUGUUCUCAAUCAGGCUGUUUCAGCGCCGCAGAAUCAGAACACCGUAUCGAACAAUAACUUCAGGAACGGGACCCAAAUUCAUUUUGGAAACGUAUACGGCGUUAAUUUUACCUAA